AUGGCGGCAUCAGCCAGACUCGCCCUCCUGCUGCUGGGCUGCGUGGGGCUCCUGCGGCCAGUCGACGGCAGGUUCAUAAACUACUGCCCCGAUGGCUGGUCCUACUACAAGCUCAGCUGCUUCAACUAUUUCCCCGUGCCCCGGACCUGGGACGAGGCUGAGAGUUGGUGCCAGGACGUCCAGAAAGGCGCCCACCUGGCCUGGGUGGAGGAUGCCCGCGAGGCAGCCACCCUGCAGAGAACCAUCUCCUACUACCAGCGUGUGCAGCCCGUCUGGAUUGGACUCCGAAAGAGUAAAGAGAGCCAGGCCUGGCAGUGGACGAGUGGGACGGACUACAGUGCCACCAGCGAGAUGCCUGGGAACGGUGCCCACGGGGGGAGCUGCGCCGUGCUGACCCAUCAGAGCGGCUUCUCCGCGUGGUCCGAUGCCGACUGCUCCGGGAAGCAUCACUACAUCUGCAAGUUCUACCCCUUGCACUGAGCACGGCCCUGGCCCGUGGGGGACCCCGCGCCGGCGGCGUUCCUCCCGUGCCACCUCCGCGUCUCUCCCCGCAACUCCUAUAAAUACAUCUUAUAAAAGAAGAAGCC